CUUUCUUUUUUCUCUUUCUCUCUUCCCCACUUCAAUUACCUCACUUCCGCCCCGCAGAGGCUAGCCAAGAAACAGACUAACGGCGUUUGUUAUAACUGUAUUUGGCUGUAUUGGCUAUGGAUUAUACUAUGUAAGGAAAGCGAAAAGGAUACGUAGCAAUGGCUAGUCAAUACCUUUUCUGGAGCAGUAGUGAAUUACACGGGUUUUUAUUUCACUGUUGUUUCCCUGAGUUUAAUUUGCACCCUUUCACCAUCUUCCAGCUGUUAAGACCAUGAAGACCUAAGCGGACCACAAAGCAUCUUGGCACAGAAGGCAGUCUCAUGGGUCUGAUUGGCUGUGAAUCGUGGCAAUGGAGCUGUGUGGGAAGAAGCGCCCCCCAGAGGAGGAACGGAAGGUGAGAGCGAAUGACCGAGAGUACAAUGAAAAAUUUCAGUAUGCGAAUAAUUGCAUCAAAACAUCAAAAUACAAUGUAAUCACCUUUCUACCUGUGAAUCUGUUUGAACAGUUUCAAGAAGUAGCCAACACCUAUUUCCUGUUUCUCCUUAUCUUACAGUUUCGACAUAAGAGUGAUAACCAGGUGAAUAACCGUCAGUCUCAAGUCCUUAUUAAUGGAAUACUCCAGAAUGAAAAAUGGAUGAAUGUACGUGUUGGUGACAUUAUCAAACUUGAAAACAAUCAAUUUGUAGCAGCCGAUCUACUGUUGCUGUCCAGCACUGAGCCCCAUGGAUUGUGUUACAUUGAAACUGCUGAGCUUGAUGGAGAGACGAAUAUGAAAGUACGCCAGUCUUUACCUGUUACAUCAGAACUGGGGGACACUAACAAACUUGCCAAGUUUGAUGGUGAAGUAAUCUGUGAGCCUCCCAACAAUAAGCUGGAUAAAUUCGCAGGCACACUUUACUGGAAGGAGAACAAAUAUUCACUGAGUAACCAGAAUAUGCUGCUUCGAGGCUGUAUGCUGCGAAACACGGAAUUGUGCUUUGGCCUUGUCAUCUUUGCUGGUCCUGAUACAAAACUUAUGCAGAACAGUGGUCGGACAAAGUUUAAACGAACCAGUAUUGAUCGGCUCAUGAACACACUAGUGCUUUGGAUCUUUGGCUUUUUGAUAUGCAUGGGCAUUAUUCUGGCCAUUGGAAAUUCUAUCUGGGAGCAUGAGGUGGGGGUUCGCUUCCAGAUCUACCUGCUUUGGGAUGAAGCAGUGGACAGUGCCUUCUUCUCUGGAUUCCUUUCCUUCUGGUCCUACAUAAUCAUCCUAAACACAGUUGUGCCAAUCUCCCUUUAUGUCAGUGUGGAAGUCAUCCGACUGGGACAUAGCUACUUCAUCAACUGGGACAGAAAGAUGUAUUGUGCACGGAAGAAUACCCCAGCAGAGGCAAGGACCACAACUCUGAAUGAGGAGUUAGGACAGGUGGAGUACAUCUUCUCAGACAAAACUGGUACCCUUACUCAAAACAUCAUGACAUUCAACAAGUGCUCUAUUAAUGGCAAGACUUAUGGUGAUAUCAUGGAUGUACUGGGACACAAAUCUGACCUUCAUGAGAGAUGUGAACCUGUUGAUUUCUCCUUCAACCCUUUGGCUGAUAAGAAGUUUACCUUCUAUGACCCCAGUCUCCUGGAAGCAGUGAAGCUUGGGAAUCAGUUUGUCCAUGAGUUUUUCAGGCUGCUGUCACUUUGUCACACUGUCAUGUCAGAAGAGAAAAGUGAAGGACAACUAUAUUACAAAGCCCAGUCACCUGAUGAAGGGGCAUUGGUAACUGCUGCCCGUAAUUUUGGUUUUGUAUUUCGUUUCCGCACCCCAAAGACCAUAACUGUCCAUGAGAUGGGGAAGCCUAUUACUUACGAGCUCCUUGCCAUCUUGGAUUUCAAUAAUAUCAGGAAGCGGAUGUCAGUGAUUGUGAGGAAUCCAGAAGGCAAGAUCUGUUUGUACUGCAAAGGUGCCGAUACAAUUCUAUUUGAGAGACUCCACCAUUCCAGUCAGGAUCUGAUGAACAUCACCAACGAUCAUCUCAAUGAGUAUGCAGCUGAUGGAUUGCGGACUCUUGUUUUGGCUUACAAAGAGCUGGAUGAAUUGUGUUAUGAAGAGUGGGCUGAAAAGCUCUUUCAAGCAAGCAUUUCUCUUGACAACAGAGAUGAGAAGGUGGCCUUGGUGUAUGAUGAAAUUGAACAGGACAUGAUGUUGCUAGGUGCCACAGCGAUUGAAGACAAGUUGCAGGAAGGUGUUCCAGAAACUAUAGCUAUCCUGACUCUUGCCAACAUCAAGAUAUGGGUUCUCACUGGGGACAAACAAGAAACAGCUGUAAAUAUUGGGUACUCUUGUAAGAUGCUGACAGAUGACAUGACUGAAGUGUUCAUCAUUACAGGCCACACAGUGUAUGAUGUCAGAGAAGAGCUCAGGAAAGCUCGUGAGAAGAUGAUUGACUCAUGUCGGGCACUGGGCAAUGGUUUCUCUCAGGAAAAAGUUUCACCUCCUAGAAUAACCUCAGUACUGGAAGCUGUUUCGGGGGAGUAUGCUUUGAUAAUUAAUGGACACAGCUUGGCUCAUGCAUUGGAGGCUGACAUGGAGCAGGAGUUCUUGGAAACAGCAUGUGCAUGCAAGGCUGUCAUCUGUUGCAGAGUAACACCAUUACAGAAGGCUCAUGUGGUAGAGCUGGUGAAAAAGUACAAAAAAGCAGUUACCCUGGCGAUAGGUGAUGGUGCUAAUGAUGUUAGUAUGAUAAAAACUGCACAUAUUGGUGUUGGUAUCAGUGGCCAGGAGGGGAUCCAGGCAGUCUUGGCUUCUGACUAUUCCUUCUCCCAGUUCAAGUAUUUGCAGAGGUUACUGCUGGUACAUGGUCGCUGGUCAUAUCUCAGAAUGUGCAAAUUUCUGUGUUAUUUCUUCUACAAGAACUUUGCCUUCACUAUGGUCCAUUUUUGGUUUGGGUUCUUCUGUGGUUUUUCUGCUCAGACCGUGUAUGACCAGUACUUCAUCACAUUGUACAACAUUGUGUAUACUUCUUUGCCUGUUCUGGCUAUGGGAAUAUUUGAUCAGGAUGUUCCAGAAAUGAGGAGUUUGGAGUAUCCCAAGCUGUAUGAGCCUGGUCAGUUGAACCUGCUUUUCAACAAGAGAGAAUUUUUCAUUUGUAUUGCUCAGGGCAUCUACACCUCUGUUGUUAUAUUCUUCAUCCCUUAUGGCGCCUUUGCAAAAGCCACCCGUGAUGAUGGUAUACAGUUAUCUGAUUAUCAGAGUUUUGCAGUCACUGUAGCAACAUCAUUAGUCAUUGUCGUUAGUGUACAGAUUGGACUGGACACUGGCUAUUGGACAGCAAUUAAUCAUUUCUUCAUCUGGGGAAGUUUAGCUGUAUACUUCGCUAUUCUAUUUGCAAUGCAUAGUGAUGGCUUAUUUGAGAUGUUUCCCAACCAGUUUCGCUUUGUAGGUAAUGCCCAGAAUACUUUGGCUCAGCCCACUGUUUGGAUUACCAUCUUCCUGACAACUGUUGUUUGCAUAAUGCCAGUUGUAGCAUUCCGGUUUCUUAAGCUAGACUUGAAGCCUCAGCUGUCUGACACGGUCCGCUACACACAGCUUGUGCGGAAGAAGCAGAAGCCACAACAUCGAUGCAUGAGGAGAGUGGGGCGCACUGGAUCUCGACGAUCUGGUUAUGCUUUCUCCCACCAGGAAGGCUUUGGUGAACUUAUCACCUCUGGAAAGAAUAUGCGCCUUAGCUCAUUAGCACUGUCUAGCUUUGCCACACGUUCCAGUUCCAGCUGGAUAGAGACAUUGCGGAAAAAGAAGCCAGACAAUCUAAGUAGCCCUAGUGGAGAAAAGACACUUAAGGUUUAAAAGGCGGUGUACAAAGGACCAGUAAUAGGCUGAGCCCUUAAUGCUGCUGUUAAAUGGACCUGUUCCUAGUUAAAGGUGUUUCUGUGGUUAUUAAGGGAUCAGCCUUUCACCAAGGGAUCAGCAUGUUACGCCCAUCAAUAGAAUGUGGGUUUGUGUUCACUGCUAGCUGCCUCCAUCCAUCCAAGCCUUCUCUGUCCAGCUCAUAGCGAGUUGCAGGCAUACAGCAGAAGUUGUGUCAGCUCAAAGCAGAAUCCAAAGGCAGCAAAGUGUGACAUACUGCUGGGCAACAGCUUUUUGUGGAGUAAAUUUAAUGAGAUUAUACAUGCUGCAAAAGUUAGGGUGAGAGGGAGAUAAAAAGAGCAUAAGCUGUCCAAGGCAGUUUGGACUACACCAUGGCUGAAUAAAAGCCAAAGGAUCCAGUUAAAGGGCAAGAGCAUGGGACUGUGAAAGCUGUGUUACACCAUAACCUGAUUUAAUGACAACUCAUUCAGAUAUAUAUUUUUUCGUAAGAUAUUUAUGUUUCUUGUUUCAGGCAAGUGGCAGUGCAGGGAUUAGUCAGCAUCUCAGUGGUUAUUGCAAAAUUUGCAUUCAGUCCACCCCCCCACCCUCCCCCCAGAAAACAAACUGUGUGUGUGUGUGUGUAUAUAUAU